AUGACCAUCCUCGGUGCUGGCUUUGAUGAUCAGUCCUCCAGUAGUGGAGACAGUUACCAACAUGUCUUGACAGAAACAGAGACUGCCACAGUCAAAGGCUUGUACUUUCAGCGUGCUCAGCUGCUCUGUGGGCCAGCAGCAUCACGGCGCUACCUCGAUCCCUCCCGACAAGCCCUCAUCAACGUUGGGGGCAUUCGAUAUGCCUUCCCCUGGAGCACCUUGGAGGACUUUCCCCAGAGCCGCCUAAGUCGUUUACGUUUCUGCACCACCCUGAGGGAGAUAGCAGAGUUUUGUGAUGACUAUGAUGAGAUGCAACAUGAAUUCUUCUUUGACCGUGACCCUUUAGCCUUUCGGGCCAUCGUCAACUUCUUGGCUAAAGGGAAGUUACGUAUGCUACAGGAGGUCUGCAAUGUGGCUUUGCAUGGUGAGCUGCUGUACUGGGGCAUUGAUAUCGGACAGAUGGAGCCCUGCUGCCGCCACAGGGUGAUCUGCUCUGUUGAGGAGGUGGCCGAGCACCAGCGCAAGGAGGACGAGUGGCGGCAGAAAAGGAGGAUGCUGAGGGGCUCUGUAGCAGAGGGCAGCCUGUUCCACAUGCUGGGAGAAGCAGUUGAGAACCCUCAUUCAGGUUUAGCAGGGAAAGUGUUUGCCUUCCUGUCUGUUAUCAUGGUGGUGGUCACUGUGGUCAGUCUAUGUAUGAGCUCCAUGUCAGACCAACAACAGGAAGAAGCCAUGGGAAAAUGCUCCCAAAAGUGCCGGAACUUGUUUGUGGUGGAGUCUGUUUGUGUUGCUUGGUUCUCCUUUGAGUUUCUUGUGCGAUUUUUCCACGCACAGAGCAAACUGGAGUUUGCCCGUGGGCCUUUGAACAUAAUUGAUGCUGCUGUCAUCCUGCCCUAUUAUUUCUCACUGCUUAUGGAUCUCAAUGAUGAAUCCUUUAAGGAUAUUGGGGCCGGUGCAGGAAAGAGCACCCUGGAUAAACUGGGUCUAAUCCUGCGUGUGUUGAGGGCCCUGCGUAUCCUGUAUGUGAUGAGGCUGGCCCGCCACUCUCUGGGUCUGCAGACUUUGGGCCUGACUAUCCAGCGGAGUGUGACAGACUUCGGCCUACUGCUGCUCUUCAUGUGUGUUGCUGUGACUCUUUUCUCCCCACUAGUGCACCUAGCUGAGAGUGAGCUGGCUCCCAAUGCUGCAAGGUCCCCUCAGCUCAGCUUCUCCAGCAUUCCAGCAUCAUACUGGUGGUCCAUCAUCUCAGUGACCACAGUGGGGUAUGGUGACAUGGUGCCACACAGCAUCCCCGGCCAACUGGCAGCGCUGUUUAGCAUCUUAUCAGGGAUCCUUAUUUUGGCUUUCCCUUCCACAUCUAUUUUCCACACGUUCUACCGAACCUACCGUGAGCUCAAGGAGGACCAUGAGAGGCUGUGGAAGGAGGAGAGGGGGGCUGAGCUUGCCACUGAGGCUGAGGAAAGCAUGAAAGAAAGAGAAACUUGGCCCGAUAACUGGAAUCACAUUUCACAGUCAGCUGUGUCCGCUUUUGUCCACUAG